AUGGACAAGACCGACCCUGUGGGCGCCCCGGAUGUGCCCGAUGAAGUCAGCUCCGGGCCAACUCUCGACGAAGAGAAGAUUGAACGGUCUCUCGUUCGAAAGAUUGAUAUACACAUUCUCCCAUUUGUGGUGUUAUUGUAUCUUUUCAGCUUCUUGGAUCGAGUGAACAUUGGCAAUGCCCGUUUAUAUGGACUAGAAGAGGAUCUAGGUCUUGUUGGUAAUCAGUACCAAGUUGCAGUCUCGAUCCUCUUCGUGACAUACUGUUUCUUUGAGGUUCCCUCCAACCUCGUUCUCAAAAAGCUGAGGCCCUCGCGGUACAUCGCGACUAUUUCUGUCUUGUGGGGCAUCAUUGCAACGCUCACAGGAAUUACUCAGAAUUAUGGCGGCCUGAUCGCCUGUCGCGUCCUACUGGGCGUUGUAGAAGCCGGACUGUUCCCUGGGUUCAUCACCUACCUCACGCUCUUCUAUAACAAGCGUGAGAUUGCUCUGCGAACCGGCUACCUUUUCAGCAGCGCAGCCAUCGCAGGAGCAUUCGGCGGACUACUAGCAUACGGCAUCGGGUUCAUGGACGGCAUUUGUGGACUGCGAGGAUGGCGCUGGAUCAUGAUCAUCGAGGGAAUGCCGACAGUGCUUCUGGGUGUCGCAACUUGGUUUGGGCUCGCAGAUGGACCCGACACCGCGUACUAUCUCACUAAAGAAGAGCGCGUAAUCGUUGCUCGUCGACGAGCUCGUUACGUCGGGCAGACCGAUUCUGCACAGAAGUUCCACUGGGCGGAUGUCAAAGAAGGUGUGAUGGACUGGAAGAUCUGGGCAUUUUCAAUUGGACAGUUCGGCAUCGACACCAUGCUUUACGGAUAUAGUACUUUCCUUCCUACUAUCAUCAAAGGCAUGGGCAGCUGGUCGACACCCGAAGUCCAGGCAUUGACAAUCCCAUGCUACGCUCUGGGGGCUAUUGUCUAUCUUGCCGUUGCCUGGGUGAGCGAUCGCACUCAACAGCGUGCGAUCUUCAUUUGUCUUUUCAGUGCCAUCUCCGUCGUCGGCUACGGAAUCUUGAUCUCCGACGCCUCCUCUGGUGUACAUUAUUUCGGUGCCUUGAUGGUUGCAUUGGGACUUUACGUCGCCGUUGGCCUGCCACUUGCUUGGCUGCCUACAAACCUUCCGCGUUACGGGAAGCGCGCUUACGCAACGGGCUUGCAGCUUACAUUUGGCAACAUCAGUGGUGUCAUGUCACCAUUCCUCUACCCAACUUCGGAGGGUCCCCGUUUUGUCCGCGGAAACGCUGUCACUCUGGGACUGGUUGGGUUUGCUGGUCUUGUGUACGGUGGGAUGUGGUUUGCCUACAAAAUCAUUAACAAGCGCAGAGCUCGGGGCGUCGAGGACGAGAAGAUUUCCUCCUUAUCAGAGCAAGAUAUCCAGGAAAUGGGCGACCGAAAUCCCAGAUUCCUGUACAGCACAUGA